AUGACUAAAGCUGAAGAGGAGUCAGAAGUAAAAGCAAACACUUUGUAUUUCAGGUAUACAAGAAAUCUUGUGGACAGUGGAAAUGGAAAGUUCAACUUGAUGAUCUUAUGCUGGGGUGAAGGGCAUGGCAGCAGUAUCCAUGAUCACACUGACUCCCACUGCUUUAUGAAGAUCCUCCAGGGAAAUCUAAAGGAAACUCUCUUUGCAUGGCCUGAGAAAAAAGGAAAUGGCGAAAUGACUAAGAAAUCAGAACGUGUUCUCAGAGAAAAUCAAUGUGCCUAUAUUAAUGACUCCAUUGGCUUGCACCGUGUGGAGAACAUAAGCCACACAGAGUCUGCUGUUAGCCUGCAUUUGUACAGCCCACCCUUCGACAGCUGUAACACCUUUGAUCAAAGGACUGGACACAAGCACAAAGUCAAAAUGACAUUCUAUAGCAAGUUUGGCGAAAGGACUCUAUGUGCAACAGCAGUGCCACAAGAGAACAACUGAGAAGCACCAGCAUGUGUUUGCUUAAGACCUGCUGAAUGUUUAACCAGGGACAGAAGACUUACAUGGCUAAGCCUGACAGCCAGCUAUAUUCCUCUAACUUGUACAUAGAACUACAGUAGGGCAGCUUCCAGGCAACCUGUAGUUAUCUUGAGUGAAUGCUGAUUAUGGGACACUAAGCUAACUAGUGCCAUAAACUACUUAAGAGGUUAGAUGCCUUUUCUUAGGCUGUUGUCAAGUCAGAAUGAAGUAGUUUUUCUGAUUCUAGCCUCCUUUUAAUUCCACUUUUUAUAUCAAACAUAGGAUUUUUAAACAUCAUCUGACACUACUUAAUAGGCCUUACAUGUAUGUAUGCUCUCAAUGUAAUUAAUAAUAAUAUAAACUUUUAAGCUUCCCGUCACUUGUACCUAUGGGUAGUAUACUAGAUACUACUAACAGCAGCUCUUUUUUAUUAAGUCUUUUUGGUUUUAAUGCCAUAGGUCAUUUUGAUAGUUUUGUGCAUUUUUUUACUUUAUUUUUUACAAUUUGUUUGUCAGAUCUUAUUUUAAAUAGGAGCAAUAAAUUGCUUCGUGUACAAUGAUUUUCAAAACUGAUUGGGCAAAGAUUUGAAUUUUUAAUAAGACUAAUCCUACUUAAUACAGCUAAUGUCCAGUUUCCAGAGUAUUCUGUAUAGCUACUGAACUCCUUCCAGGUAACUAAAAUAAAACUGGAUUUGUGCACAGAA